GCUGGAACAAUGAGUCGUCUGAGUCGCUGCUUCAGGUCUUUGGAAUCCGCUGGCUUCUUCCGCGUCCUAGACGACAGCCACGUCGAACUCCUUUCGCACGGGCACGCCUAUGCCGAUCUGCUGAAACAACAGUGGCUAAGUCUGCGGCCCCUGGCUGCUCAUCUGGGCACCAGCCAUUCCACUGAAGCCGUUUCCUCGACGCACCUCCAGCGUUUUUCAUUUUCCCGCACCGAACUAUUCCGUUCCCACUUCCAGCAGCUGGUUCAAGAGCAUCCCCGAAAGGCAAAAUGUCCCACACUCCUGAAGCAUCUGUGCACCUCCUACUCCUGCCAACCCAAUCCUUUCCUUAGGCACAAGGCUCCUGUUACGCAUUUGAUUACCGACUUUUUGGUGGAGCCCUAUCGCGCCCUGGAGCACUUCUAUAAUAUGCAGCGCGAGAGCAAGAUUUGGUGGAUGAGGUACUCCUCGAACCCCAGUCGGUACCGAAUCGUUCCCCACGAACUGCCGGAGGAGGCGGAUGCCAAAGACUGCCAAGGAAUCGACAUCAUAUCCAGCUACGGCAAAGAGGGUAGAGUGGCAGUGGAGCAACUGAGCCUGGUGAUGCUCCACGGCGAUGAUUUCCGACUGCCCGAUGCGAGAACGGACCAGUCCCUGCCGCCGGCUGUCAUACGAUCCGUAAUUGAACUGGAAACAGCCACCUGCGCUCUUCUUCUGGAUGGCUGUGACCAUGGGCGCGAGACGCAAUCCCUACUGCUGAACAGGAUGCUGGCACCCUAUCAGUGUGGAAUCGCCUGCCUGGAGGUCGAUCCAGCCCAGGCGGGAGACUUGCGCGACCUUUGCCUUCACAUAAAAGACGUCCUCCAGAGGGCAGGGCUGCGCCUGUGCCAGGGAGUGGGAUAUGCCCUAAGUAAGGAUGCUUCCCAAUUGACGGAACAUGUAGACAAAUCAGAUAUGCUGGGUGUACCUUAUACGCUCCUCUUGAGCGAGCAAACUCUGCAAAACGGACUGCUGCAACUGCGCAGCCGGGACACCAGGCUGGCGGAGACCAUACACAUAAGCGAUGUACCCGACUAUUUAUUGAAUAUAUUUAAACACUGAGAAUUGAA